UUUGUUUGAAAUUGCAAUUUUUCAUGCAACGGAAAAUCUUUGAAAUAUCCAAGUUGUUACAUUAAAAAAGUGGCCGCAAACCAAUGAAAACUUAAAAUUACGUGACCAAUAAUGGAAAUAGCUAAAUAUUCCAACUUACUCAGAGAUGCUGUGAGCAAUGCGGGGGACUGUACUCCACAAAAACCUAGAUUAGGAAGAUUUUUAGAUACUUAUUCCCCAGAACAUCUUAAUUUGACUCCAAAACCUAAAGACAAGUUUGCUUUGAACAAAUUGACAAAUGAUAACUUCAUUACCCUUACACCUGAACCAUACACUAGUACCAAUGAUAAAUGCAGGACUGUCAAGGCUAAGUAUUUACAGAAUGCCUGGAGAAAUCGUUCAUUUGAGGGCAAUCAAAGUUUCCCACGUUUAAAGAAUAAGGUGAGGCCUUUAAGAAUGGAUCUCGAAACUCCAAGUAAAGUGAAGCCUCCAGUAGACUUAGUCAGAGUUGAUGGUCCAAAUGGAUUGCGUUUCAACACAACAUUGGCGGCCGGCGAUGUCUCGGGUGCCCCUACCCAAUCUCAAACUGACCGUCUACAGCAAUCCAUCAAUCCAAGCAAAGCUGUCUUCACUAUUGAACCAAACACAUCCAAAAUAUUAAUAGUAAACAGCAAAGCAUGCUCUUUGCUUGGGUAUUCGUCUGGGGAGCUAUGUGAUCUGCGUUUUUCGGACCUACUUAGAAAGAGAAGCUGUAAGACUUUCAGCUUGCAUGAGGCAGAAGAUGGGGAUAUAUCAGAAGAUGGAACAAUUAUUUUACUUAGUGGAAAGGUAGUGGAACUUCUGUCAAAGAAUGGUGGCUCUGUACAAGUAUCUCUUUGGAUAAGGCAAUUGGAUAAUGACGGCCCAUGUUUGGUAGUUGCAGAACCAGUUACAUGCAAAAAUGUUGUGCUAGCAAUAGAUGCAGACUCAGGUAUCAUAGUGUCGUGCGAUGGCGACGACGCGGCGUUGUUGUUCCAAGCCGAGGCAGCGGACAAACUAAUAGGGCUGCCCGUCGCGUCUCUCAUACCCUCUCUGCAGCUGCCUUCUUACGAAGCACCUAUACCGAAGAAUGUCUCGAAACAGAAGGCGACUGGAAGAACAUUAGAUGGUGGCUCAUUUCCACUUUGUCUUUGGAUAUCCAAACAAAAUAAUCUUGAAUCUGCAACAUGGUCAUCUGUAAAGACUAACAAAGACAAGCCAAUAUUUAUAGUUAAUGUCAGGGUAACGUACAACGUCAGCGGUCUGCUGGUGGUGGACGAGAGCGGGCUGAUCACGGCGUGCAACCAGCACUUCGCCAUGCUGACGUUCGGCAAGGCGCAGUCGGAGGUGAUCGGCCACCACAUCGACGACGUCAUACAGAACUUCUGCCGGGAGUGCGACCUGGUCACCGUCGACCGGAACAGGAACACUACUCUGUCGCCGGUCAACAAUGACAAUGAUGAUUCAGCUUCAGACACAGACGAAGAUUCGUGCGGAGCAUUCAACGGGAGUCAGAAAUCAGCGUGCAUGUCGUUGAAUGUCCAGCAGUCUCUACUCUCCACCACAAGGGAGAAGUCAUCCAGCGCUCUAUGUCUCGACAAGUCCUACAGCCUCGUCACUCACACACCAACGCCUACUCAGGACAUGGUCUCCAGUCUGAGCACCACUGAACAGCGGAAUGACAUGUCAGCUCUCCCUGACGUCACCUCCGGAAUGUCAGGAAUAUCCAUUGACGAAGAGAACUAUUGCCAAAGCAGCAUAUCGAAGUCGCGAUCGGAGAACAUUCUGCGUUCCGAACAGAGCAACUCGAUCAAACAAACUCCAUCGAAGCAAAUCGAGAAAUCCGACUCUAUUUACUACACUUCCCAGCAUUCUCAAGAGGUUACACCUACUGGCAGCUCUUCAAAAGUGAGGGUAAACGAUCCAUCUUUGAGGUUAUCAUUUGAUGCUGCUAAAUACAAAUCGAUUAAAGUCAAUCUCCAGGGGAAAGAAGAUAAAAGCAGUAUAUCGUUGGAUUUCUGCGAUUCCAAUGAGACGAGUGCCGAUUUUCUUACGCCCAUAAAUGAGUUGCCGCCCUCUGGUUGUGAAAUUGAAGAUUUGCCGAAAACCAAUGGAAAUGACGAAAGCAUCGAUAGUUUGAGUAAUGAUAUCGAUUUGGAAACUCAAACUGAAUCAGCACCGAGGAAAAUUUAUGAUGAUGAGCCUCCCGAUACCCCGUUCGUCAACAAACGCCUAGUGCGAGCGCAUCUCACCACAUCGACCCCGCAGAAGUCGCGCAACAGCAAGUCCGAGCAGUGCGACACAAACGACUGUGGAUACAAGAAUGGGACAUAUCGAGGCGUAGUGUUGCAUAAAGAUGGGACAGAGCUUAAUGUAGUGUACACCGUGUCGAGCAUGCAGCUGGGCACGGGGCGCACGGUGCGCUGCGUGUGGCUCGGCGUGCGGCGCGGCGCGCAGCCCGACGCGCAGCUCGACCUGGCGCCCAGACACACCACCACCGCCUCCAGCCUCGCCUCCACCGCCGACAACUCGCUGGUGCUGGGUAAUAAGUCUGUAAGCAGCAGGCCGCAGUCUAUGUCACUAGUGAGCCAGUGUGGCGAGGAACAGAUUGCUGGAGAAUAUAAUAAACACUACGUCACAUUAAAACAAAUAGGCAAAGGUGCGUAUGGGUGCGUAAAGAUGGCGUACCGUCGCUCGGACCGCUUGCUGGCCGUGGCGAAGUUCAUCCUCAAGGAGAAAGUGGGCGCGGCGUUCUGGACCGAAGCCCCCGACGGCCGCCGACUGCCCCUGGAGCUCAGCUUGCUCAUGACCCUCGAACAUCCUAAUAUUGUCCGGGUAAUCGACGUGUUCGAGAACGACAAAUACUUCCAAAUGGUGAUGGAGAAGCACGGCGCCGGCAUGGACCUGUUCGAGUUCAUCGAGAGACGCCCGCGCCUCGACGAGCCUUUGCUCAGUUAUAUCUUCAGACAGAUAGGUCAAGCUGUAGAGUAUCUCCACUCUCACAACAUCCUGCACCGCGACAUCAAGGACGAAAACGUGAUCAUAGACAACAAGUUCCACGUCAAACUCAUAGACUUCGGCUCCGCGACGUACAUGAGCAAGGACACAUUGUUCUCCACCUUCUAUGGAACCACGGAGUAUUGUAGCCCAGAGGUUUUAGCUGGCAACAAAUAUGCGGGUCCAGAACUAGAGAUGUGGUCGAUGGGGAUAACCUUGUACGUGCUGACGUUCCUCGUUAACCCCUUCUCCGAUAUCGAGGACAUCAUUCAGGGGCCGCUCACACUGCCGCAGAUUGUGUCUGAAGAUUUAGAACAACUCAUCCGCUGGAUGCUGUGCAAAGACCCGGUGAACAGGUGCUCGGUGGCUCAACUGAUGGCUCAUCCAUGGAUCCGUCAACCGGUCGCCAUCAACAACUACGUGUUCCAAGACAUUGUGGACUGUGAUCGCCACGAAGCGAACCCGGAAAUGUACUUCAGUGGCAGCUUAGGGUCCCCGAGGAGUGGUUCCCAAGUAUCGCUUGCUGAUCCGCACGCCAAAGAGCGAUCGAACCCCUCAGAAGUGGUGGUUCGUUCGGGAGACAAGAACGUGUCGCGCGACGAGCCCAAACGCAGCUCCGUCGCACUGCACGCACUGUCGGGCGAGCGAGACGCGCACUCCGACAACUAUAGCUUACGAUCUUCUGCUGACAUAUUAGAUAUAUCAUCGAAGCCGGUGUCGGAGGCGGCGUUGACGGACAUCAGUUCUGACGCGACCGGCCACGCUGCGUGCGACAUCGAUUACGACUGCGACCCGUACGAAUGCGACAGCUGGGACGAGUGCGAGCAGGACAGCUUCUCCUAAACGCACGAGUGCGAGCGGGACAACUUCUGCAAAAUGCACGA